AUGAGCACCGGAGACAGCGGCGGAAAGGAAAGAGGCGGCGCCAAAGAAAGCGGUGGCGGCAGUCCUUGCGGCGCGUGCAAGUUCCUGAGGCGGAAGUGCGUGAGGGGUUGCGUCUUCGCGCCGUACUUCGACUCGGACCAGGGCACGGCCCACUUCGCGGCGGUGCACAGGGUGUUCGGCGCUAGCAACGCCUCGAAGCUGCUCCUUCACGUGCCGCCGCACUGCCGCCUGGACGCCGUCGUGACCCUCUGCUACGAGGCGCUUGCUAGGGUUAGGGACCCCGUCUAUGGUUGCGUUGGCCACAUUUUCACCCUUCAACAGCAGGUUGUUACUCUCCAGGCCGAGCUGGCCUACACGCAGGCCCGCAUAUCCACGCUGCAUCGGGCCCCACCUCAGCUGCCGCCACCUCAGCUCUCCUUGCCCCGCAUCAACCAAUCGUCCGCGCGCAACUCAACGUCACCUAACGACGAGGACAUGUCGAGCUUCUGCAAUCCGGUCGAUCAGGAGAACGUGCUUGGAGAUGAUGAUGAUGAUCUUCAAACUCUUGCUAGGGAAUAUGUUUCGAGGUACUUUCCAGGAGUUCGGUUGAGGCCCGGCCCAGACUCAGACUAA